UUUGCAGUUCCAUGGAUCGUAUUACUGGCUGCUCUCCCCGCACCGCUGAGCCCACCACCUCUGCGCCAAUCACAACCUGCCUUUACAUACGCGCACAUGCGUGCACAGACACAGACCCUGACACACACAUACACGGCGAUCCAUCGCUCCGGUUCACAUGCGUCCCCACCGACUCCGCGUAGCGCUGGCUGCGCCAAGAUGAGCGGUUGUCCCGGUACCAUGAUCUGAGCGUCUCACCGCCUGACUGACCCAGAGCCGGGGGGGAGAGAGAGAGAGAGAGAGAGAGAGAGAGAGAGAGAGAGAGAGAGAGAGACCAUCUUUCCUCUCUCACAACCCAUCUUCCGUUCGCUCGGAAGAGACCGCAGCGCUAGCCGUUUCUCACUCGCAUCUUUUCUUUUUUUCACCCCCCUCCUGCUGUUCUUACUGCAUCCCUCCGUUAUUGUCGGUCUCCCGGUUUAAAGGAGAAACCGGAGAGCCCAGGAGUGCUUUUGUGGAAAUACAUUUUUCGCAUUUUUUUUUUCCUGCUGAGUGUUGGUAGCGCGCAGUUGGUGCGCGCUUUCGUAAAUUCCGGUGAAUGGUGGAUUUGGCAAACAUGGAGACUGUGGAGAAGGAAUGCGGGGCCCUCGGGGGUCUGUUCCAGGCGAUUGUCAACGACAUGAAGUGCUCCUAUCCUGUGUGGGAGGACUUCAGCGCCAAGGCCACCAAGCUGCAUUCCCAGCUCCGAACCACUGUUCUGGCUGCCGUGGCCUUUCUGGAUGCCUUUCAGAAGGUGGCAGACAUGGCUACCAACACCAGAGGGGCAACCAGAGAUAUCGGUUCAGCUCUGACCAGGAUGUGCAUGAGGCAUCGCAGCAUUGAGGCCAAACUUCGCCAGUUCACCAAUGCUUUGAUGGAGAGUCUGAUCACUCCUCUCCAAGACAAGAUUGAGGACUGGAAGAAGACAGCCAACCAGCUGGAUAAGGAUCAUGCCAAAGAGUACAAGAGGUCACGCCACGAGAUCAAGAAGAAGUCAUCUGACACCAUGAAACUACAGAAGAAGGCUCGUAAAGAGAUCCAGGGGCGAGUGGACCUGCAGCCUCAGCUGGACAGCGCCAUGCAGGAUGUGACUGACCUGUGUCUGCUGAUGGAGGAGACGGAGAAGCAGGCAGUGCGUCGGGCCCUGGUGGAGGAGAGGGGUCGCUUCUGCACGUUCAUCGGCUUCCUUCAGCCUGUCGUGAACGGAGAGAUCGCUAUGCUGGGAGAGAUCACCCACCUCCAGGCCAUCAUUGAUGACCUCACUGUGCUGACAACCGAUCCUCACAAACUGCCCCCAGCAAGUGAACAGGUGAUUAAGGAUCUGAAGGGCUCAGAUUACAGCUGGUCCUAUCAGACUCCUCCUUCAUCCCCCAGCAGCUCUGGCUCCCGCAAGAGCAGCAUGUGCAGCAGCGUCAACAGCGCCCACAGUAGUGCCUCCCGUUCGUCAGGGGGAGGCGGUAGUGGUGGUAUUGGUGGAGGGGGUGGAGGCUCCCAGCCCCACUCCCCCACCUCAUCUUCCUCCUCCUCCUCCUAUCGCUACCGCAGCAGCCUGCCGCAUCAGCCUCCGCCGCCGGGGGGCAUCGCUGCCCACCGCCUCAGCAGCGUUUCCUCCCACGAUUCGGGCUUUGUGUCCCAGGACGCAAACAUCUACUCCAAGCCCCCCUCGCCCAUGCCCUCGGACAUCACUAGCCAGAAGUCCUCCAGCUCAGCAUCGUCAGAGGCCUCAGAAACAUGCCAGUCAGUCAGUGAAUGCAGCUCCCCCACCACUUUUGGCACGUCCUUCGCUACCUUCCGCCCUGCUCUCUCUCACUCUGGCUCCACCAGGCCUCUCUCUGUCAUUCUUCCUGCGUCCCCACCCUAUAACUGCCCCCCUGGAUCCAGCUCCUCCUCUCCCACAUCAAAGGUUCCUAUGUGGAAGGAUUGGUCCAAAGCAGGUCAGUAUGAGCAGCCGGUUGCAGCAGCAUCAGUUCAGAGGAGAAAGGAACCCCUCGAUAGGCUUAGGGAGAACGAGAUGUCGCCCAGCUCCCAUGGAUACACUGGACCAUCGCACCCUGAUGACGCACAGAGACACAGGAUGACCCCUGCUACCAUCGCUGCCAAGCAUGGAGAGGAGGUCUCUCCCGCAGCCAGUGACCUGGCCAUGGUGCUGACCAGAGGGCUGAGCAUGGAACAGCAGAAAAGCAACAGAGACUCCCUGCAGUACUCCAGUGGCUACAGCACAGAGACCACAACACCAUCCUGCUCCGAGGACACAAUUCCUUCACAAGGUUCAGAUUAUGACUGCUACUCAGUGAAUGGUGAUGCUGAAGGUACAGAUGGUCAGACAGAGUUUGACAAGUCCUCCACCAUUCCUCGCCACUCUAACAUCGCCCAGAACUACCGGCGAAUGAUCCAGACCAAGAGGCCAGCCAGCACAGCCGGCCUACCCAGUGGGGUUCUUGGUCCCGGGGGCCAUGGAAUUCAACCCGGAGGAGCUGGUGGAGGUGGAGGUACUCCGGGCACUGCCACCAUCCGUCGAACCCCGUCUACCAAACCAGGCGUGAGGCGCACACUGUCCAGCGCGGGGCCUAUCCCCAUCCGACCUCCCAUUGUACCUGUCAAGACACCCACUAUUCCCGGAGACUCACAUUCACCUGGCGCGGCUGGCGGUGGAUUCGCAGGCGGAGGGCACUCGGGUGGCGUGCCUGUGCGUGUGGGCAGCGAGGAGUGCGUCUUCUUCACUGCAGUCGAGGAUGCACAGGGAGCGCUCGAUUACGUGAAGGCAUCGCCGAAGCGCCUCAGCCUGCCUAACACCGCCUGGGGAUCAGGGGCGGCGUUAGAGGUCUACGCCCAGCAGCACGGGGGCCUCGCAAUGGGAACAGGCUCAGGGGCCGGAUCCGAGGAGGAUCAGAUGAUCGCAGCAAAUCGACACAGCCUAGUGGAGAAGAUCGGUGAGUUGGUAGCCAGUGCGCACGCUCUCGGAGAGGGGCAGUUUCCUUUCCCUGCCCUCCCCGAUGACCCGGCCCUGCCGCAAACUGGCCCCACCGACACGCAGACAGGCACAGAGGAGGCAGAAGGGUCCGGUGACAUGUUGACCACCAUCAGGAGAGGAGUCCGCCUUCGCAAGACCGUCUCCAAUGACCGCUCUGCGCCGCGCAUCUUGUGAUGGGAGAAGAAGCAGGAAGAGGAUGAUACUUGUCAGCCAAUAGGGAGUCAGGUGUUGGUGUGGUGCAACCCAACCGCCUAGUACAUACACAAACAUUUAACUAUGUAGGGAAAGCUCUAAUAUAACAGAAGAUGAAUGAAAACAUACAGAAAAAAUAUGUUUAAAGACACCAUUAGAGUAAAUGAUAUAUAAUGUAAUAAUAAUAACAAUAAUAAUAAUAAUAAUAAUAAUAACAAUAAUAAUAAUAACAUCAAUAAUGUUAACUCAUGCUGACAAUUAAAAGUGAAAUACUGAAUACUGAUACUAUUGACAGGCUCCUAGCAGGCCACUAUAACUAGUGUGUGAUGGACGCAUGUUUGUCUUCUGUACACCUCCACCCAGGGACGAAAAGACUCGCAGGAAAAACAGAUCCGAUUUAAAAAAAAAAAAAAAGGCAAAGAAAGAGAGAAAGACUGGGUUCUGUUUUUCAACUUACACCCUUCCCCAUCCUCUUCUCCAACUAACCCGACUGUCUAAAUCCAGAGGAAAGACUGAUGACUGAAGGAGGGAGAGAGAGGGGGGGUCAGAGUGCCAUGUGACGCUGGAUUAGAACCCAGGCUGUCUCAGCAGCAACGUACUGUACUUAUUAGCCCACUGAAGUGAAGAUGUGGUAUUAGCACGGGGAGCUAACAAGCCAGAGGGCUCCUCUGGUUCAUCCUAAUGUAAAAGAGUCUUUAAAAAAAUAGUGUUGGCAUUGAACCGUGCUAAUGCCCCCUUCCCCUCUCUCUCUGUGUGUGUAGUGUGUGCGUGCAUUCACGUGUGUGGGCAAAUGUGAAAUAUGAUUUUGUGUGUGUGUGUGUGUGUGUGUGUGUGUCUGUGUGUGUGUGUGUGUGUGCGCGCACGUGAUUGAUUGUGUGUGUGUGUGCGAGGGGGGUGGGUAGAGCUCUGCUGCAGGACAGCUGGUUACUCAAUGAGGGCAGGGCUUUUCUCCUGUGUGUUGUACGUGUAUUAUCUUGUUUAUAUCGUGACGUCAUUUACCUUGUUACAACUGUACCAGAAGUUACGAGAAAGUAAUCCAGGCUUAUAGAUAUAUUCAUAUAUAUUUUCUAGAACCAGAGAGAAAAAUGUUAAAUCAGAAAUGGAGCAAUAAAUGUGUUUUAUUUUCUUGUUUCCAAGAAGAAGGAGGAUUGUAGGUUCUCCUUUGUCACAUUCAGGCAAUCAUCAGGAAUGCUAAAUUACACAUUGACUGUGAAUUCAUGCCUAGCCCCGCAUUGGCGUGUCUCUCUCCCUGUCCCUGUCUCUCUGGUGGAGGAAAUGGAUUACAAAAAUGGAAGAAAAAAAACUGUAAGCACUUUGAUAGGUGGUAGAGUAUGUACAAUAGCCACUAGGUGUUGCUGUAGUCAUACUGUAUGUUAGGGAGAGUGAAAGUGAGAGAGAUAGUUGCCAAUAAGGCUGUGUCCUGAGAAAAUUAUUUAAUUGGAAGAUGAAGAAGAAGAAGACAGGGAGGGACAAAGAGGAAGUGAUAAAGACUGGUGGAAUUGGAGCGAUUGGUCAAAUGAGAUGGGAUAAGAAAGUAGAGCAACAUAUAUAUCUGAGAAUGGAUAGGACAUCAGGGCUCUUCAGGGUUUUACAAGCCAUCGCCUGCUGUGGAUUAGGAAUAGUGCUGAAGCUUUUUAUGUUGUGGUUGCACUGGUAUCUGAACACAUAAUGCAAAAAAUACACCGCACAGAUAGGUCAGACUACUUUUGGAAAUAGGCUUUAAAAGGUUGGUUGGUUAGCCAUGCAAAUAGUAAUUAGAACUAAUUAGAAUUAAUUAGAACUACUUCUAUGGUAGUGAUAGUCCCUCAAAAAACUGUCAGCACAUUUAAUAGAUUACCAAAGGGAUGCAUUAGUGUUGGAUUUUUUUAAAUGCCAUUUCUCAAUACUGUGAGCACGAUAAAUGAAAUUCCAUUCACAUCCAUUGUAUUGCAGUGAAGGCAGAAAUUUGAAAACCUGGAUGGAUAAACCCAAAACUAUCAACAAGCCAUUGUGGAGAUACAGCGUGGGAGAAAAUAUGGUUGUUUGUAAUUUGGGGUCAAAAACACUUCAACAACAGUGGAUUUAUGGAAUAUAUAUGCAGAUGUAGAUUAUGUUGAUUGGAUAUACAUUUGUGUGGCAUACAUAUUGUGGAGUUUUCAUCAUUGGAUGCUGUGGGACUGUAUUUCCAAUGUCUAAAAUAAUGUAUGUUACAAAGUAGUAUUCAUGUUGAAGUUCAUGUGCAAAUAGAGAUCAGCACACCAUCUUAUCCGCAAAUAUAUUCUUACUUAUAAAUACGGUAUAUUUUUGCAUUAUGGGAAAGCUUGAACAUAGCCUCAGAUUGGCUCCAGUUAAAACCUUCCUCCUUUACAAAAUGAAUCACAACAAUCUCGAGUUUCAUUUCAAAUACACACCAUACAAAAACAAUAGGACUUCUCUGAAAGAAACGAGUAAUGUACUACUAUUGCUGUUGAGGAAUGUGCAAUGCGUAAUUGAUGACAUUUUUCAAGUAACUUGCCCAACGCUGGUUACUAAUGAGCGGCGUCACCUGAAACGUUAAGCAUUUAGACCAGCAUGUAUUCAGUCACAGUAAUCAGGUUCUUUUACUGAGUUUUGUGUGAACACUACACUACCCCCAGAAUGGUUCAGCUCAGUUCAGUGCAAGUAACCCAGUUCAGCUCAGGACACACGGCUGUGUGAAAGGAUUAUUUAUGGACAUUAAGAUAUGAGAAAAGGUGAAGCCUGUUUGAUGUGCUCGCUGAUGACAAAGAAGGGUUUAGAAUUAGACGUUUGAAGCCAACAGAGAGUGGAAGAUACGUGUGGAAUGAGCAUUUCACUGCCUGUUCAUACUAUUAUGUACUGUAUGUGCUGUAAUAGCAAAGGAGAAUUUAGGCGCACAGAUUUGGUAUAAAGGUUUGUUAGAAAAUAUGACAUGGAAAAUUCAGUUUUCAGUAUUAUUUUUUUCAUUCUGCAGAAUUUUUUGAAUAUUUAGUCUUACUUUUAAUUAAUGUAAAAAAACAAGAUAAAAACACCGGUUGGGACACAAAGUACUAUGCUGUGUAACAUAUAGAUGUGGGAUGUGUGGGCCGAGAGUGAGUGUGUCCUUGUUUGGCUGGUGGACUCUUCAUCAACAUGUCUGUAUGCUCUUCUAGCAGUGACCUGAACAUAGCUGGUGACAUCGGCGCUCUUAAAAAGCCCUUUUUUUAUUGACUUAUUUCUGAGCACUGUUUUAAACAUAUUUGUGGCUUUUUAAAUAGAAAAUUAAGAUGAUUUCAUUUUAAAGAGAUAGAGAGGAGAAUGCUUGCAAUUUUUGAAACAUCGUCACCCUCCGCCAGCACACUUUUUUUUUUGUUGAACUUUGAAACAGUGCUUCGGCAAGUGGGAUGUUUUAUUAUUUUUUUGUCUGGGGGGGGAACUACUGUAUAUGUGUUGUCACAUGUGGAUGCUGUGUGUUGUAUCAGCUGAAAGUGACUGGGUGAGAGGUUGGAAUGGGAGAGCAGCAGGCUUGGACUCCAUCCCCCCCACCCACCCCCCAAAAAAAAAAAACUACAUUUUUUGGGUGAGAAAAUGUUCAUUCUGAAGAGUUUGUGUAGGACCGCCUGUCGAGGUCACACUGUACAUGAAUAUGCGUACGUAUUCUGAAUGUACCGCGAGGUGAAGGUGGACAUCGAACUGUACAUGUUUGACUUGCUUGAACUAUUGCAAUGUCAGAACUUUGUGCUUGUUGUACAACUGUUGGAAAGCAAUACAGAGAUAGUGUGCAUGUACGUACAUUCACAAUGAUGUUACAGUGUGGGUAUAUUAAAGGAAAAUACCACUGUUCUGUCCACUCUAUGAUACUUGUGUUCCCCAUCUAAAAUGAAAGAGACCCUUUACAGUACGUCCAAGGACACUGCUUUGUAUGUGCUGUAUUCUAGUGCAAAUUGAAACAACUGAAUUCACUGCCAGUUAUCUACAGGAAGCUGUUGCUUGAUUAAAGGGUUUGUAAUGCCCUGCAGGACAGACAUGCUGCUUAAUUCCAAAUGAUGGAGAACAACUCAGGACAAGACCAGGACGCUAAAAUUGUAGCGUUUUUCACAUUGAAUUAGACCAAGACAGUCAAAUCAAACUGCACAGACUGGCAAUAGGAUGGGUGUGAGAUAAGAGAAAAGACACAGUACUGCUAUUUUCCUUUAAAAUGCCCCGUUAACAGCACAACAAGUUAUCUAACUAAACAAUAAUGUCUUUUUUUAACAUGCUGAAUUAACUGUGUACUGAACUAACUGUCUGAAGAAGCUGAAAUAACUACUCUGCUACAGAUGUGUCAAUAUGCCCAUUUCUUUUUUGAGUGUAUGUGUAUGUGGGUAGAAAUAGGCCUACCGGCACGUGGGCAAAGCACGGGCUACAAUGAAAAUAGGACACUCUGUAGGAAAAUACAUAUAGAGACAGAUUUACAUGCGUGCAGGCAUGCGUGCGUACACACAAACACACACACGUCAUCAUAAGAUAUACACACAAAACCAUCCCUUCUUCCUCAACUGAGAAAACGAGACAGUGCUAGCUACUGUACAGCAUGUCCAAAAGGAACUACCACUGUAAAAUGUAACAUUUUAAAAACCAUUUCAUAAUUAUAUUGUGUCAAAAGGUUGAAAAUACCCCAUGUGAACUUUCAGUGGCAUUACUGCAUUUCAAUUGCUUUUGCUUUCAGCUCUCUUGUUGCCUAGCAAGGCUAGCGUGCGAGCUAGACAACAUGUAGAUUAGUACAAACAUGGAGCUCGGUACAUUUCUUUCAUGUUACUGGCAGGUACAUACAGAAUGCACACUUGAUUCAAAUUUAAAAGAAUGACCUCAGAAAAAGUCUGUGGGUCUCUUUACAUAUAGCUAGCUGGACAGACUACGGCGCUGUUGAGAAGUAGGUAGGUAGCUAUGACUAAUAUGAGUUCACACAGACUGUCAAAUGUUAAAGGAAUUGUUUGCAUUUUUGGAAAAUAUCUGCCAGGAGCUGGUUAGCUUAGCUUAUGCAUAACAAGUGGAAGCACAGGGAACCAACUAGGCUGGCUUUGUCCAAAGUGAAAUAAUUCAUUUUUAAAGUUAACUUAUGUACAUUACAUUACAAUAUUUUAUUUGUUUAACCCGCUCAGAAACCGAAAUGUAGGUUGUGGUGUUAUGAGGGGUAAUCUGCUGGAUUACUUAUUGGCCAUGUGCAGUGACUUCCUGGAGUCUCUGCUCUUUUGCCUACCACCCAUUGACAAGACAGAAGGAAGAAAGAAAACAGACUAUCAAAUAAAAAGCUUAUUUUUCCAAAAAUGUUGAGCAAUUCCAUUAAAUUCAACAUUAAAUUAAAAACUUGGGGGUUAGUUUAUUGAGAUGGUGGGACCACAGUACACUGGGAUUGAGACGUGAACGCUCAACAGCACCGUUGCCUGGAAAGCCUGGAGGUGUACAAUAUGGAGGCAUUUUUUUUAAACCAAUGUAUUCCUCUCUUCUUUUCCCUCUCUAUGAUCUUCCACUUUUCUAACCUCCAUCCCCUUGGACAGUACACCCAGGGAUGCCAUCUAGCUGACAAGUUGGAAAACAACGCUUGUCAUGAUAAGAGUCCCAUCGGCUGUGCUCGGUCUCUCUGUACCUCGCAGCCCAUCAAAGCUAAUGAACAAUAAUUGUGAUGAAGUCUUUAUUAUUAUUUACACCACAGUUAAUAUGAGCUCAGCUCUGUUUCCCUCUAUGUCCGCCUCCCCUUUCCUCCCCAUGUAUGUGUCUGUAUGUCGGUAUUCAUGUGUGCCACGGUUCAAGUGUGUGUGUGUGUGUGUGUGUGUGUGUGUGUGUGUGUGUGUGUGUGUGUGUGGUGUGUGUGGUAAUGGCUAACAAGUGGUAUCAAUAUGGGCCUUGGGUGUGUUGUUCAAAGGAGGGCUGAAAGCAUUAGCCAGGAUAAACUUCUCCCCGCUGUACAUGGUAACAUGUGCUGGUUUCAAGGCAAGCAGCUGGAUGUCUGACACUCCAUCUUAGUGCUGGAUUACACUUUAAUGAAUUUUUUCGUUAGGCUUUUUAAGACAUCUCCCUGGCAUCAUCUCCCAGUUUCUUGGUGAGCUUCUGUCAAAGAAAACUAAAGAGGCAAGUGUGGGCAGUAAUUCAACAUGCAUUGGGACUUUCUUACCCACAUUUCUUUCGCAAAAAAUCUGCUGGUGUGUAAAGCACAGGGUUAGUAUCUUAAUCGAUAUAGAGCAUUACUGUGCCCACUUCUUUUAAAUUGAGCUAAACUGGCUAAAGUAAAAAUCCACUCAAAGGGAGACUAGGCAAUUUGUGUUGAAAAACUGCCACUAUGGCUACAAGUAACGAUUAUAGCAUAAUGCUGUCAAGUCAAACAACUGGCUUAACAAUGUCAGUAAAAUAGCAACAUAUAUUUAAAACUGCUAAAUGUAGCUGCCAUAAGAUAUUAGUAAAACAGUACUGUCAUGGCAAAACAUUUAUUGAACUGAGCAAAGGUUUGUUUUAUCGCCCACGUAUUUAACUUUUCAUUAGUAAGAGGGAAAUAUGUUAUAUCGUCUUACUUUAAAUAGAUUAUAAUGUCAAAGUCUUAAUUUAAAACUAUACGUUACCAAAUCACUUUGAAAAUGUAAGUUUUCAACGUGGAACUAGUUUCAGGAACUUAACAACCCAUGUAGCCAUUUUGCCAUUUUUGUUCCACUGUUCUCAGCCAGUAAAAACACGCAUUACUGUAAACAGCCAUUCUCCGACCACUGUUUGAGCCAUUCCUUCUGUAGAAUUUUACAAUCAUGUUACAGAGAUCAAAAAGGGGUUUAAGCCGCCCCAGUCAACGCGUUGCCAGAUGUGACAUGAUGGAAUUAAAAUUAGGGUAAAACAGAAGCUCAAGCUUCCUGUUGAUGGUUGAUGAACAUUCAGCUAUGGCACUUCUCUCAGUCAGUAGAUGUGUUUUUGCUGUCUGCACCUCAGCUGAGUUUCCCUGGUUACUCAGAUUUAUAGGAAAUUGGCCGACUUCCACUGUGAGCAUUUGCUCGCAGCAUGCACACAUCGUAAUCUAUGAGGACAUGUGGAGAACAGCCUUAUUUGGGGUGUGGAAUGCUUCUCCUCAUAACUUUGGAUCCCUUGAAAUAUGUAUACAUUGGAAACUUACUGUAUGUCUUCAAUAAGAUUUAAAAAUGUCACCCAUUUGAAAUAGUUGAAACGAACAUGCUGAAGAUCUAUCUGACUGACUGAAUCCAGAGUGACCCUGUGAUGGACCAUUCAAAGGCUGGAUGGUGUUGUAUUUAUGAUGCGAUGUAUUGUAAAUUUGCACGUAUGUACAUGUAUGCACAAUCCACUCCUUCAGCCAUCUGCCCAGGUUAUAUUGAAUGCGUGCUUUAUGUAUGUGUGCAAGAAUGUGCGUGUUGCACAAGGGCACUUAGUUAAGAACCCAACUGUUCCUCCCUCCCACUUCCCACACACAAUCUGUCAAUCCUUCCUGCUGUUUAAUACUGAAGAAACCUACCACACACACACACACACACACGCACACACACACACACACACACUUACUAACACUCAUCUGAAGCAAGAAUGACUAAGGUAGAUUCUCGGAAGGUAUGUGAUGGUCUGCUAAAGUCCUCCAGGGGAUGAAAUGAUGAAACAUGUCACAACUUCCUGUCAUAUAGCCAUGCAGAACAGAGUGGCCAAAUUGGCGUCCUGGUGCCACCGCCGCUGUGACUGAACUGAAUGUCUUACUGUCAAUACUCUCAGUAGUGUCGCUCGCUCACUCGCUCGCUCGCUCUCUGCCUCUUCUUCCUCUGCAGCCUCCAAAUGAACUCUACAAUGAAAUCUCUGCACAACUCGCCAUCGAGGCGUUGCUAUCAUUUCUAUGGGGCUAUUGUUUUGUUCAAAGGAUAACAUUGCGACAACACCUGCUUUAUGUUUUCUGUACAAACCGAUCUUUUGCUCCUCUCUUCCCCUCCCGCGUCGCCCCGCAGGCACUGUGGUCUUGUCUUUCUCUCCUUAUCCUUUUUCUUCUGCUCUUCUUCUUUAAUUUAUUGUGAGUUGAUUUCUAAGGUUGUUUAGCCUCUGUCGCUGAUGAUAAGGUUUUCUUUUCUGUCUUCCUUUUUGUAAAAUUGACCCUUUUUUGUUAACUUUAGUCACUGCUAAUGUAACAAAAUGCACUGUGAUGAUUCCAGUAUUAAUAAAAGUUGUACUUAAACUGUG